UCAAAAAAAUAACCUCAAAAAUUUUGUAAACAAUUCAAAAUAUUUCUGAGUGCAAAAAACAAAUAAUUUUCCUCAAAAUGAACUUAUGCCUUAGGAAUAAAUUUCGUCCAAACUUAUUAAACAGCUUUAUUCGUUUUGCUACUACUACCAACUUACCUGAGUCGAUAGAACAGAAUGAGCAAGUGCUGAUAGACGAUAGCGACGAGGCUUUGGCGAGGGAAGCUGAAAUCGAAAAGAAACGCAAUGUUUCCCGUUUAUCUGCGGCACAUUUCAAUCAAAUAAAUGAACGCCGGCCUUACGAUGAACCGAAACAUCUUGCCCACUUGACCGUAAAGUAUCAUAGGAAACUUUAUGGAAAGUAUGGUAGCUUGAGUGGAGUCAAUCCAAGUCUAUGCUGGCCCUCAAAGAAAGAUAUUCAAGAAAAACUGGAGUAUGAGUCUGUUACUUUCCCAUUCACUAUCAAAGAGAUGAUGGACGCAGCAGCAGAAAAGAGACGUGCGGAGCAGGAGGUCAUAGAUAAGAGGGAGAAAGAAUUAGCUGCCAAGAUUACGAAGGUCGCAGCGUGGAAGAAAGACCUCCAAGAUAAGCUGGCCAAGAAAAUGGCCGAUGCACAGGCUGCCAAGGUAAAGAAAGAGCGCCUCGUUGAUGAGGUCAGAAGGCACUUCGGUUUCACUCUAGACCCCCGCGAUGAGAGGUUCCAGGAGAUGUUAGCGAAACGAGAGAAGGAACAAAAGAAACUGGAGAAAAUGGCCCGGAAAGAGGCCAAGGAAAAGCAGAUGAUCGCCAAGUUGCAGCAGAAAAAUGCAGAAUUAGAAAAAUAGGUAAUAAAUAUUUAAUUUGUGUAAUAUGUAGAAUAAAUAGUUUAUUGUAAAA